AUGGAGAUGGAUCAUUUAGGAGUUCAUGUUAUGGGACUGAGUGAAACUAGAUGGUGUGGGAACCGUAAAGAAGAAAUUGAGAGAGAUAAAAUAAUUUACUACUCUGGAAAGGACACUACAUCUGACUAUUACGGAGUUGCUAUUAUAGUUAACAAACAUUUAGAAAAUGCCAUUAGUACCUUUAUCCCACUCUCGAAUCGAGCUAUGAUGAUUCAAUUAGACACCAAGCCUAAAAGAUUGAAUAUUAUUCAAACUUAUGCACCAACUGCUGAUAAGAGCCAAGAAGAUAUAGAAAACUUAUAUAAAGAACUUGAAGAACUCUACGGACACACAAAAAAGGAGGAUAUAAAUCUUAUUAUGGAUAUCGGUUCGGACCACAAUCCCGUCAUUGUUAAUUUGACUUGCCGCUUAAAAUGCAGGAGCAAAAAUGGAGUUAACAACAAAUAUGUUGACAUCAGUAAGUUAAAAGAUCUAAAAUUGAAAGGGAAAGUGCAAACAACAAUUAAUGAAUGGACACUGAAAGAAAAGAAGAAACGAAAUACUGACGUGGAAAUUCUGUGGGAAAGUCUGAAGUCGAAGAUAUGA